CGGCCCGCCCGUAUUUAUGCUGAGCUCUGCCAGGCGCGGCGCCGUGAGUGUGGGGCGGAAGCGCCCGGCGCCUCCUUCCUCCCGCCCGGGUGCAGGCGACGAGGAUGAGCCAAAGAGACACUCUGGUGCAUCUCUUUGCCGGCGGAUGUGGAGGUACUGUUGGUGCAAUUCUAACAUGUCCGCUGGAAGUUGUAAAAACACGACUGCAGUCCUCCUCUGUGACUCUCUACAUCUCUGAAGUUCAUCUCAACACCGUGAAUGGUGCCACUGUCAACCGAGUAACCAGAGUUUCUCCUGGACCUCUCCAUUGUCUGAAGAUGAUCUUGCAAAAUGAGGGCCCUCGUUCUCUGUUCAGAGGGCUGGGUCCUAAUUUAGUUGGUGUUGCUCCUUCCAGAGCAAUAUAUUUUGCUGCUUACUCAAAUUGCAAGGAAAAGUUGAACAAUAUUUUCAGUCCGGAUUCUACCCAGGUACACAUGAUUUCAGCUGGUGUGGCAGGCUUUACUGCGAUCACAACAACUAAUCCCAUUUGGUUGGUAAAGACACGAUUACAGCUUGAUGCAAGGAAUCGUGGAGAAAAGCGAAUGAGCGCUUUUGAGUGUGUCCGCAAAGUUUAUCGCUUGGAUGGUUUUAAAGGCUUUUACCGGGGAAUGUCCGCAUCCUAUGCAGGCAUAUCUGAGACUGUUAUUCACUUUGUCAUUUAUGAGAGUAUUAAGAAAAAAUUACUGGAGUAUAAGACUGCUUCUGCCAUGGACAAUGAGGAUGAAUCAGCAAAAGAAGCAUCGGACUUUGUUCGAAUGAUGAUGGCUGCUGCCACUUCCAAAACGUGUGCAACAUCAAUAGCCUAUCCCCACGAGGUUGUACGAACAAGACUAAGAGAAGAGGGAACAAAAUACAGAUCUUUCUUCCAGACACUCUCUUUGCUUGUGCGAGAGGAGGGGUAUGGCUCCCUGUACCGAGGUUUAACUACACACCUGAUCAGACAGAUUCCAAACACGGCUAUCAUGAUGUCCACCUAUGAAGUUGUAGUCUACUUACUUGAUGGAUAGCAGUGUGACAAGGUGGAAGAAGGUGGAAGAUGGAAGGACUGGAGUGGGCCACUGAAUGUCAUUGCCAAUGUGGUGGGCAAAAGGAACGUUGGAUCAGGAACAAGCAGCUGUGGACAAAACAGAAGGUUGAUUGUGGGCAACUCUGAAUAAUUUUGCUGCCUUUAUUGUGUGGUCUCAUGUCAAUGUGACAAAUGGGAACUGCCCCUUAGGGAAUGCCUUCAUACAUCUCUUAAUUCAGAAUUACUCUUUUCUUUUCAUCUGUUAAUCUAGACAAAGCCGUUGAGUCAUCUUCAGAGACCCAAUGGAUGAGGGAGGGGACAUGAAAUAUGUUCCUGGGCAGUUCCUUCUCUUAGUGACUGCUCUCAACUACAUAAUUUUUUUUCUGUUUUACUACAUAGUUACCUGUUGAAGGAAUGGGCAAGACAGUACUUUUAUAGCUUUCUAUACCUGAAACUUCCAUUUAGUUGCUCUGAAGAGUCAUAAAGAGACUGAGGUAGUGGUAAGUGUGUAAAGUUUUCCAUGUUGCUACCUCAAGACAAAAUAUGGUGCAGGGACCUAGAACAGUUAUUUCUUCACUACAAAAGAUGAUACCUGUUGUAGCUUUUUGGUUUUGAAUGUUUGCUUUUUUUCCUUGACAUUUGAGCAGUGUUGUAGGUUAGUGAGGAAGGGUCUGAUUAUUCAACUCUUCAGGUUAUCAGUCUGUUAAUUUGGUGUAUGUGGACUUCUGGUCCUGCUGCCUCAUCCUUUUUCUUUUCUGGAACUUUUCUUAAGUGAGAGAGGCCUAUGAAACAUUGUCUUGUAUCAUCACUUUUCCUUGCCAACCUGUUCAGGUCACUCACACAGCUAAGGAAGAAGUUGGUGAAUGCUACUUUAUAGCUUUUUAAGGAUUUGUAAUGUGAUGAGAAAUCUCAACUAGUCCAGUCUCCCAUUUGUGAAGACAGGAUUGACUCAGUUUCAUGCUGCCUAAGCACAAGCUGUAUUACCUUUAAGUAUCUGGCAAAUCCUGCCCUGGAUUACGAGUAUUUAUAUGGGAGUACUGGAGAACACAUAUCACUGUGGCUAGGGUAACCAGAAAGCCAAAACCAGUAGAAGUUGUGGUAGAUCUUGUCAGUGCAGACAGGCUCUGUGCAGAAGGAUGGAGAAACUGUAAAUGAUAUCUUCUUGAAAGCAUUCCCCCUGAUAGUUGCUGUAGCACUUCUAUCAGCUUGAGCCUGUGUACUGAGCUAUAACCUUGUCCUCCACAUUGUCUGAUUAUUCAGGCAUUGGUUUUGUUCUGUAAGCCAAUUGCAAAGUAAUGCCUUGCAUUCAGCAGUGAGGUUUAGCUGGUUUAUUCUGUCAUAAUUUACAGAAUUUUCCAAAAUCAUAUAACUGGAGCAUCAAGCAGUUUAAGAUUACAGGGAGUUUUACAGCUUUCCAGACAGGUAUCUUCUCAGUCUGCAUCUAUCAUCCUUAUGAGGAAGAUGAUCGCUUAGAAAUUGGGGUCAAUAGCUUUCUCCAUAUAAAUGCUGCUACACUGGCAUGGACAGAACUGUGCUGUCAGCUCUUCCAGUGUGGUACUUCAGUACACUUGAACUGUGCAUCACGUGCAAUGGCUUUAUUUUAAGAAUGACUUCUUAUGCACUUUGUGGCCUUCUUAGGGCUUAGGACUCUUCUUCCUCUUACUGAUUAGCUGGAAUCAAACCAUGUUUGAAGCAUGCAGUUUGGUUUUAAACAAAGCAGAUGGUUUGAUUUCUGCGUAAGCCGUGCAGGAGUUUUUUGCUGUAAAUCCAUAUCAUCUCUGUGGCAGUGGUUCUGUAGGCUCUAUGUAAAACCUCUGUUUGCAGAACAAUCAGUCUGGUUUUUUCUUGUUUGCUUCCAUUUAUUUUAACCCUUGUCAUGUUCUCCACACUAUGUCAAAGUAUUUGAGGAUUUCAUGUAAUUCUCUGUAUUAAUUUGCUCAUCUUCUAAAAGCCACCCAUAGUAAGUACAUUGACCUUGCAGUGCUGUAUUGACUUCCCUGCUUGGAAAAUGUUUCCUUUUUAAAGACAUAGCAUGGUCUGAAGGGUGACCAUGGUGAACUUGAUUGUCUCAAAGAAGUGGAAGGAGUGCUUAAAUGGGUUUUAAAGUGAGCUUUUUGAUGUCUCUCUAGGAAAAGGCUGACCUAUGACUUGAUGUGAUGCUUUUGUUAAGAUAAGUAAAUGCUGGAAUAGUGACUUGCUGUAAUUUUUGUGAUAUAGAAAGUGGGUCACUCUUCAGGUUAUCUAGAUUACUCAGUCAUAGCCAAAACUUAAAUUGGCAAAGACCAUACUCAGCUAUGGAGUUCAUGAAUACAGUGAACACUUGGAGUAGCCAAGGCUUCAAGAGAGUUUCUCUCUUCUGUUUGGACACGUUGUCCCUUAGUUCUGUGUUUGUCUCCCAGUUGUGGGUAUUCCCUGGCUACUGUGUGUGUGCCUUCUCUGGGUAAGAGCAGAGCCCCUUGGGUUAAUUAUUAGGACAUGUUAAAGAGUAUAGUAGAAUAUGGGAGAUAAAAGCUAAAAGCAGACAAUCAGCUUAUUACUCCACUUCUUCAAAGGGUGUUCCAGCUUUGUUUUAAACUUCAGGGGUGAUCGUUUUGGCUUCCUUUGCAUAACCAAACAUAACCCCAAAAUUUCUUGGGAUUUUUCAUUAUUUUUAAACUACAAAUACCUGCAAAAUUACCUCUGAUAUAUUUCCCAAAGAUCUUUAAAUUAUUUACAUAGUUUUCUUGGUAUUUAUUAUAAAAACACAAGAGGAAUAACAAGUUGCUUCAUUCAAUAAAAUCUUUAACUACAGAGCUGAAAGCGGUGCAUUUAAACUUGGUCAUCUCGGUUUGCAUUUGGAUGUCAGGUAUUUACAUCCCUCGCGCGUGCUGGAGGAAAGGCUGUGUGAAGCGCUGCGGGCAGCGAGCUGAUCUCUGCUCGUUUCCCGGCUGCGCUCAGAGCCGAGGGCGGCAGGCGGCGCUCCCUCCGCGGGAAUCCCGGCAGGGAGAGCGGAGCCGAGCGCUCGGGAACGCGGCCCGGAGCCCCUGCUGGCCCUGCAGGGCCGUGUGGGCACGGCCCGCUGCAGCACGGCCCCUUGGAGGUGGGCUUACGCGGGAGAGCUGUGGAAUUGUUUGGUUGUCGUAACUGAGACAUCGCCUGUGCGCUUACCCGUUAACACUGCCCCUGUCUCGUUUACAUAACGCACUCCGCGUCUUCCCUUUUCGUUGAGGUGUUCAUGACAGUGGAUCGUUUGUUUAAUGACAGUUUCUGCUAGUCAGUUUUUUCUUAAGACAGCUACAACAUUCCUCAGACUGCAGCAUUGUAAAAGAAUGCUUCCAGGGACAAGAGUGGAGAGCCUUUAUAAAUGUUGCUUCCUGUUUAAACUGUUCAGAUUUGGAAAACAAACUGAAUGCUGAAGUGUGCCUAGGUAAAUUACUACUUUUUUCAACUUUGUCUGUUAAAACAGUUAUGUAAGGGUUUUUUUUUUUUGUUCUUCUAUUUAAGAGUCUGCCUACCCUGCAUAUGUGAACAUAACUAUGCCCUCAGAGUUAUAGCUAAACACUCACAGAAGACAGAUUGAGAGUAUUUCAGUACUCAUGUGAGGUUUGCUAUUAUUCUUGCAUACAUGUCGUUGGCUGUAAACUAUGUGCAUUUACUCUGUAUUUAUAUAGUUAACUUUUUGUUUGGAUUGCUUUAAACUUCAAAGCAAAUUAAAAUUAUGUGCUUCUAUUCAAAUGUUGCCUGCUGUGCUAAACUGUACACUGUUUUUAACCUUAUAAUUUUUCUAUUAUUGAUACAUACCAGUGCCUGCAGA